GCAUUUUUCAGCUUGUGCAACUCAAUUCUCUGCUUCGACUUCCGAUGAUGCAACCGCUGCUGCUGCCGGGGACUAACACCGGCACAAGACCGCUGCCGCACGUCGCGUUGGCUUCCUCAGUCCUUCUUCGGCGGCAACUAUCCUGUAAUUCCACUUCUAAUCUCGCUCUCUCCCCCUUGGAUUCACUCUCUUUACUCAAAACAGGCCAAUCAAUGUCAUUUACUACAUUUCCUGGCGAUGUUUUUCACAUUAGAGGAUCAAAGCCACUCUCCUCUACUAAAAUCGCUUCCGCGCCAAUUUCACCUACUUCCACCGCCCCUAAUGAUGACGCAGAGAAAGCGAAGCUUGCUCAGGUAUCUAAGAGACUGGAGAACAGUUCAAGGUAUUUCAAGCGGCUAGGUAAUUUAGGAUUUUGGGGGCAGCUAGUGUGUACUGUAGUGUCUGCUGUCAUUCUUUCAUUCUCAGUUGUUGUCACUGGGAAGAUCUCAUCUCCUGCUACAUUUUAUGCUACUGCUGGUGGAAUCGCAGCUGCAUUUAUAUCUGUGUUUUGGUCGUUUGGGUAUAUUCGGCUCUCAGAUAAGCUGUGGAGAACUGCUAAUGGGCCUUCCAAGGCUCCUCCUCGUGCUGAUGUUUUGAAAAGCUUGAAAAAUGGUAUCAUAUUGAAUCUUUUGGGAAUGGGGGCUGCAAUUCUUGGCAUGCAAGCCACGGUUGGAACAUUGGUUGCAAAGGCUCUCACUUCCUCAGCAACUCCGAACUAUCAGGGAAUCUCUCCUGGGUACAACCCGGUUCUCGCAUUGGAUGUAUUCUUGGUGCAGGCAUCUGCAAAUACCAUCCUCUCUCAUUUCCUCGGGCUUGUUUUUUCGUUGGAGUUGCUGCGUUCAGUAACAUUGCCCCCUGGAGAAAGCAUUCCAGUUCCCCGCGUAUCAUGAAAAACGGGCGAAAAAACUCUUCCCGUUCUGGGCAAUGUAUGUAGGAAUUUCCGUUGGUAACAUGAUUCUGUAGCCAUAUUUGUUUACCAGUGAAAUACUUUCACUUCUGCAUAAGAUUGAAGAGACUUUCA